AUGCGAGGCACGCCCCCGCCAUCUCUUCCUCUUUACAGAAUCCAAUUUCAAGAGAAUGCAGCAAUGAUAAGUCGAGUCGCGCAUUCGGGUGUGAAGACAAUCGAAAAGUUCUUUCAUCGCCGAGAGGGAGUUGGGAAGAAUUGCGGCCUGCGUACGACAUACGGGGAUGAGGAGCGUGAGGCCAUUGGGGGCAAUGGUGAAUCAACAAUCAACAAUCAACCAACCGUGACACUUCUUGCUCCUCAUCACAACAUCGACGUUGUGUCUUUGAGUCCCCUACCUCGCCACACCUCUGUUCUCGUUGUACGCUAUGCCCAGUUUGGGUCGCCCUAUGCCGUCAAGCAUGAACCGGAAACGAAUGGGGACGAGGCCUUCAUUGGCUCUGCUACACAUGUGGCCCAAACCUCUAUCGACGACAGGUUUAGGUUGAACACAGAUGGCGCUGGAGGUGAGAUGGAAGAGAACGAUGAUCGCACCAGUUCCCCUGCCCCAGCUCCACCACACAGGUAUCUCAAGCAACCGAAAUCCACACAUGGCAAGGUAGCCUAUGUCGUUUAUGCAGGAAAUGACGUUGGGGUAUUUUAUAACUGGACUGCUGCCUCGAUUGCUAUCUUUGGGCUUGCAAGCUCGGCCAAGAUAUACAAAGGGUACAGCUCGUAUGAAGGUGCUCAUAGCGCCUGGGAAGGAUUUACAAAUACCGGUCGACUCCCUCCUGACGUGGCAGCGUCAUUAGGCUCCAAGCCAUAUCCGAAGCCGCCAACUCCUUCAGCGCGUGGUAUUUCGGCCCCGGCUACGACCCCCCAACGUGUUCAUGUAUACAACAACCGCAACGCGUCCCCUCUCACCCCGCAAACUCCUCUUACCCCACAUAGGGGACGCAGUGCUCAUACCCCGCUUGGAUCGACAUCUUCCCAUACCUACGCUAGCGCUGCAAACCAUCUCAACUCUGUCCGGCCAACUCCAUCACCCUCCACUCCAAGGACUCCAACAUCAACGCAAAGCCGCAACGCUGCAGCCGUCGCUAUUGCACGUGAAGAAUCAUUCCGAGCCGACCAAGAGGAUUUCUGGGUUGUGUUCACCGGCACGGCUCCUGGGGUUUACCAAGGACGUGAAGCGGGAGAACAUGCCUUUGGCCAGUAUGAAAACCCGUCGUUUUUAAGAACCAGCGCCCUUUUCAUGUUGAUAUUCCGUAGCUAG